CCGGCGCUCCGCUCCCUCUCGCGCGCCGCUCGGCUCCUUCACAGGGUGACACGUCUGCGGUGAGUGAGUGGCGUUGGCAGCCUGUCAAUCCCUCACCGGAGCGGCCAUCAAACAACAUAAAACACGCGCGGGCACCGGGCGCGGGGCUCAUAAAUUCCGGCGGGCCGAUAUUUUUGCACAUUGCUUUGCAGAGAGUGUGUAAUUAAUUUUUUUACAGUUCUUUCCCCGUUAUUUCCGCUCUUUUCUUUGCACAAGUUCAAACUUUUGAUUGCUGCUGUCUCACCCCCGUGCACAGACUUGGGAUCGUUUGUUAUUUGGGGGGGAGGGCGAUUAAUUUUUUUUUUUCCCUCUGUGAUUGUGUUUUCUUGGCUUUUUUAUGUUGCAAUUUGGGGGUGGGGGUGUUCGCUGGUUUGUUGUGGUUUUUGCUGUUUGCACCCUCCCAACUUCUGAAGGAUUUGAAAGCGAGUUUUUUUGAUUUUGUAUUUAAUUUUUUUUUUAAUUUUGCCUUUUUGCAAAGAAGAUUUUUGGACAAGUGGGGAAAGACAUAAAAAGCAACAAUAAAAAUAAAAAAGGAAAAAAAAAAAGCUUUGGAGGAAGAUUGUACCAGGAAAACCUCACAGAAAUCUGCUCAGCUCAUUUAUCCGAGGCACCAAUAUGAUGAUGAUGAAAGAAGAUUGUAACUAAAGAAGAGAGUGAUUUACUGCCCUGGGAAGGAGAAGAGAGUGGAAUAAACAGCUGAGAUCCGGUCAAAACACAUAUACUACAUUUUUUUUUUGUUAUUGUUUUGUUUGGCUUUUUUUUUUUUUCCCUUUUUUCGUGGUGUGUGUGCAGAGCGCGGUCAGGAGCGCGGCACUGGGACUGAGCGGGGCAGGCGCUGCCGUGACCGCCCGGAGCGCGGCCCGGCCCGGAGCCAUGGACGAUCAGUCCAGGAUGCUGCAGACUCUGGCCGGCGUGAACCUGGCCGGGCACUCGGUGCAGGGGGGCAUGGCCCUGCCGCCUCCCCACGGACACGAAGGGGCUGACGGCGACGGCAGGAAGCAGGACAUCGGCGACAUCCUCCAUCAGAUCAUGACCAUCACUGACCAAAGCCUGGAUGAGGCACAAGCAAAGAAACACGCCCUGAACUGCCACAGGAUGAAACCCGCCCUGUUCAGCGUCCUCUGCGAGAUCAAGGAGAAAACAGGUUUGAGCAUCCGAGGAGCCCAGGAGGAAGACCCUCCCGAUCCUCAGCUAAUGAGACUAGACAAUAUGCUUCUGGCAGAAGGAGUCUCAGGUCCGGAGAAAGGUGGGGGAUCGGCGGCAGCAGCUGCAGCCGCAGCAGCCUCUGGAGGGUCUUCAGAUAACUCUAUUGAACACUCAGAUUACAGAGCCAAAUUGACCCAGAUCAGACAAAUCUAUCACACAGAGCUGGAGAAAUAUGAACAGGCAUGUAAUGAAUUUACCACUCAUGUCAUGAACCUCCUCAGAGAACAGAGCCGGACACGUCCCAUUUCUCCCAAGGAGAUUGAAAGGAUGGUGGGCAUCAUUCAUCGAAAAUUCAGCUCCAUCCAGAUGCAGCUCAAACAAAGCACUUGUGAAGCAGUAAUGAUUUUAAGAUCAAGGUUCCUUGAUGCCAGACGGAAAAGGCGUAACUUCAGUAAACAAGCCACAGAAAUCUUGAACGAGUAUUUUUACUCCCACCUCAGUAACCCCUACCCCAGUGAAGAAGCCAAAGAAGAGCUGGCAAAGAAAUGCAGCAUCACGGUAUCACAGGUGUCCAACUGGUUUGGCAAUAAGAGAAUCAGGUACAAGAAGAACAUUGGGAAGUUCCAGGAGGAAGCCAAUCUCUAUGCGGCAAAGACGGCCGUGACUGCAGCGCACGCCGUGGCCGCGGCUGUCCAGAACAACCAAACCAACUCCCCCACCACACCAAAUUCUGGUUCUUCUGGUUCUUUUAACCUCCCAAAUUCUGGGGACAUGUUCAUGAACAUGCAGAGUCUGAAUGGGGAUUCUUACCAGGGGUCCCAAGUCGGAGCCAAUGUGCAGUCACAGGUGGAUACCCUGCGUCAUGUUAUCAAUCAGACGGGAGGAUACAAUGAUGGCUUGGGAGGAAAUUCACUGUACAGUCCACAUAAUUUAAAUGCUAAUGGAGGCUGGCAGGACGCAACCACUCCAUCUUCUGUGACUUCCCCUACAGAAGGGCCGGGAAGUGUGCACUCGGAUACCUCUAACUAAUCUCCUAGCAACACUUUUUCCCUGAGCUGAGAUGCCUUGAUUAGCGCAUUCAGAGUUGCAGGAGAAAAAGGAAAGAGUUUUUUGUAGCCAACCACCUACAGCUUUACUGUAAAACCUUGUCUUAUUAGAAAACUUGGUAAAUCUGUUUUUUAAAGGUAUCAUAAUCAUUUGUAUUUAUACUUAAAACACACAAUGUUAAAAAGCACUUUAUCCAAUUAGGCCAAGAUUUAGCAUUGUUUAUAGCCCUGUAACUAUUUUAUCAUAAUUUAUUAUCAGCAGUUUUAAUGAUGUUGGUCUACCAGUUGCCAAUUACUUGGCCUUAAGGGUAAAAGUACAGGACAAGCUUAACCUCAGUAGCAAGAGCAGACACAAAGAACCGCCUCACCCAAAUUUAAUUGUGUGCAUAUUUCCAUGGAAAGUCGACAGGAAUCACAGACUUUGAUUGUGUUUCAUCUUUUCAUAUCUCUCACAGAGCUGGAAUAAAAAGAGCUGUUCAGUUAUUUCGGUUAACAAUGGUCGUGUUUAAGAAUCCUUAUUCGUCACAUUUUUGUUGAGCUCUAUUGUCUUACAAAUUAGAUUGGAAACCAGGAGCAUCUUUUCUUGCUAAAGCCCCCCCCCUCCCGGCACCCGAGCCUCCCCUCGGAAUCCCGACGCGGACACAGGUUGCUCUUGGGAGAUGCCGACUCUUGCUGCUGGUCUCUGUGCACGCCACCACCGGGGUUUUACAGUACGAGCUGGGUGCUACCCACGCCUGCCAAGGGCUGGUGCCUCUGCUUGGCAGCAAACCACAAACAAAGGAAAAGGAAAGGAAAGAGCACCGUGAUAUGGAGUGUUGUACAUAGUGUAGCAAAAGAGUAUUUAUACAUCUCACCAAUCAAACACAGCUUUAUUACCUCAUGCGAACUCAUACAAACCAAUAGACUUUCAACAUGUUCUGUAGCUUAGAGUGCUCACUUACUACCUCUGAACGAUACUCACGCUGUAGUUUGUCUCUUUCUUAUCUUUUUGCAUCUUGUAAUUAACUCUUUGUUUCCCCACGAAAUGUAAUGUACAUUGUAAUCUCCUACAAAUCAGGGUUGCCUUGGCAACUGCUAAAGAAGCGGAAGUGGAAACAUGGGGUCUUAGGAUGGACACAAAACAGUGCAACUGUUGUAAAUACUGAGAAGCAUUUUGAAUGUUCUUCAUCUUGUUACUAAUACACGCAAAAACCAACAACUAAUUGUAAUGCAUACAGACUUCAGUAUUCAGUACUGUACAUCCCCCUGGAUUGCAGGGGCCCUUUCUCUCUCUCUUUUGUAUUGUAUGCGAUUCUGAAACUGAUUGAGUCAUGAAAAUAAUUUGUGGCAGUGAUUCUAAUGUAUUAAACCGUUUCGUGUUACUUUCUAACUGGAUUACACCCUGGAUUGAAAAGUCUUCCUCGUGGUAGUUAUAUGUAGUUUCAAACAUGAAUAAACUUUUUGCUUUCAUGAUCAAA